ACUGUGGUGUUCCUGAACAAGAUGGCGGCCACCUUUCCAGUCCCUCACACUCUGGCUUCAAGUGAACAAAACAAGGUCCUAAGAAUGGAUAUUCCCGGGGAUCAAGAUGCUCUUUUAAGAGGAAACAUUACUGACCCAGAAACGUCAAGACAAAGGUUCAGGUGGUUUAGUUACUCAGAAACAGCUGGACCCAGAAAGGCCCUGAAUCAGCUCUGGGAGCUCUGUGUUCAGUGGCUGAGACCAGACAUUCACACGAAAGAACAGAUUUUAGAGCUCCUGGUGUUUGAGCAGCUCCUGACCGUUUUGCCUGGGGAGAUCAGGACGUGGGUAAAAUCACAGCAUCCUGAGAGUAGUGAGGAGGUGGUGACUCUAGUAGAGGAUUUGACCCAAAUGCUUGAAGAAAAGGAAGGUAAGAUUCAAGAUAAAGGGAGGAAGUGGGAGAGACUUCCUCAAGAUGCGUUCUCUCAAGGCUCUGCUGUUUCCCAAGAGGAGAGCCCAGGAGAAGAUGAAAUGGCUGCCGCUCUUCCAGUUGUGGGGGCCUCAGAAUCCAUGACAUUCAGAGAUGUGGCUGUGAAUUUUUCCAGGGGAGAGUGGAAGAGGCUGGAGCCUUGUCAAAAGGAGCUAUUUGUGGAAGUUCUACUGGAGAACUUUAGGAACCUGGAAUUUCUGGGUUUUCCAGUUUCCAAACUAGAUUUGAUUGCCCAGCUGAAGUGGGUUGUGAUGCCAUGGCUACUGGAAAAAGAAGUGUCCAAAGGCUCCAGACCAGAAUUGUGUCUGGAUGCGGUCAUGGAAAGUUUCCUUAGGGGUGAUGAUUGUGACUUAAUGAUGGGAGAAAGUGGUGACAGGUUAGAGAAGGACCACAGUAGUCAGAAACGUCCCCGAGAAGUAGUCACCCGAAAGAAAGCUCACAGGAGAGGCAAGAAGGAUGAAAACUCGGGUGGAAGCCUCGUUGUGAGGUCAGGCCUUGCCGCCGAAAACAGCCUCUUCGGCAAGAAUUUCAGACAAACUUCGGACAUAAUUAAACAUCUGAGAGUCUACUUAAAGAAGAAAUCUCGGAGGUAUAACGAAUGUAAGAAAUCCUUCAGUUUCCAUUCAGGCCUUGUUCUGAACCGCAAAGAACAUGCUGGAGAAAAAAAACGGAAAUGCAGUAAAGGUGGGAAAGCCUUAAGUCACUCUUCAUCUCGUAGGGAACGUCAGAAACAUAAGAAAAUUCAUUCGAGGGAUAAAACGAGGACGUGCACUAGCUGUGGUAUAUCCUUUACUUGGGUCUCAUCCCUUAGUAAGAGAGCUGCUAAUGGGAAAAACUCCACAUGUGAUAAAUGCUGGAAAGCUUUGUGUCAGGAUACCACUGUGAAUAAAGAUGAGAGUACUGAGACUGGAGAAAAAACGCAUAAAUGCAGUAAGUGUGGAAAAGCCUUUGGCUAUAGUGCAUCGCUCACUAAACAUCGCAGAAUUCACACUGGGGAAAAACCCUAUAUGUGCAAUGAAUGUGGAAAGGCGUUCAGUGACAGUUCCUCACUCACACCACACCACAGAACUCAUAGCGGAGAAAAACCCUUCAAAUGUGAAGACUGUGGAAAGACUUUCACCCUGAGUGCCCAUCUCAUUAAACAUCAGAGAGUUCAUACUGGAGAAAAACCCUACAAGUGUAAAGACUGUGGGAGACCAUUCAGCGACAGUUCUUCUCUGAUCCAGCAUCAGCGAAUUCACACUGGAGAAAAACCUUAUACAUGUAACAAUUGUGGAAAAUCUUUCAGUCAUAGCUCGUCCCUUUCCAAACAUCAGAGAAUUCAUACUGGAGAGAAACCCUAUAAAUGUAGUGAAUGUGGCAAGGCCUUUAGACAGAAUUCUUGCCUUACUCGACAUCAGAGGAUUCAUACUGGAGAAAAACCGUACUUAUGUAAUGAUUGUGGGAUGACCUUUAGCCAUUUUACAUCUGUUAUUUAUCAUCAAAGACUUCAUUCAGGAGAAAAACCCUACAAAUGUAGCCAGUGUGAGAAAGCCUUCCCUACCCAUUCACUCCUUAGUCGUCAUCAGAGAAUUCAUACUGGUGUGAAGCCUUAUAAAUGUAAAGAAUGUGGGAAAUCCUUCAGUCAGAGUUCGUCUCUUAAUGAACAUCACCGAAUUCACACUGGAGAGAAACCCUAUGAAUGUGACUACUGUGGGGCAACCUUUAGUCGAAGCUCAAUCCUUGUGGAACACCUCAAAAUUCACACUGGAAGGAGAGAGUAUGAGUGUAAUGAAUGUGAGAAGACAUUUAAAAGUAAUUCAGGCCUCAUCAGACAUCGAGGAUUUCACUCUGGAGAGUAA